UCACAUGAGAGGCGGCUGGCGCUGUCACGUGAGGCGUUGCUUCUAAAAACAUGGCUCCAACUGGCUCAGAACAAAACACAAUCGGCUGACUGAAUACCGACCGACUGUCACCCGGUGCGUCUCUGUAAACCACGAGAAACGGAGCAAAAGCGUGUGACCCUGCUGCAGAAUUGACUUUCACGAUGCGACACAAACUCACGAAGCGUGAAACUGCUUUGAGCCGUUAGCUUGCCGCGAACUAGCUAUCGACUGCUACAAGUGUUGAGGUAAGGGUGGAGAUUAACUCUGCCUUUGGAUGACUCUGUCUCUCUCCAUGGGUGUGAGGCCAUUAUCCCACAUGUGGUGAAGAUAGCUGAGAAGUGUGCAACUCUGAACCGGCAUUUGGAGACUCGCGAUGGAUUGGCUGACGCACACGGUUGAGAGAGACUUGGGCAUUGACCGGAGGCAGCUAGGCCCGGGAACCCGUCCUCGAGAGCUCAUCGCGCUGGUUCCCGUUCGCUGGGUGGUGGGCCUCAGAGAGAGGAGGGUGAUGCAGUGUGCCCGCUUCGAGAGCAUCAGCACGGCAGAAAUUUGCACAUACCUCCAGUCUGCCCAGGCAAAGUUGCCACCUGGCUGGACACGCGUCUGCAUUCAGGGUCUGAGAAAAAGCAAGCUGAGCUACAGACUGGCCAGGGAUCCCUGCCAUCAGCAAAUGGAGCUGCUGUCACAGGAUUCCUGUGUUAAAACCAUGCAGUGUGUGUCACAGCUUAAUGUCAGGAAUCUUUGGCGGGAAGCUCAUUGCAAACUUGUACAGACAUACACAGGAGCCGGUGAGCAGAUGCACAUUACUGCUGUGGACGCCGUGCGUCACGCGCUGGAGAAGCUCUUCAAUUCUAUAUUUAUCUCACCUGAGAAAGUGUCACCAUCCCUCUCUCCGGCCCGUGAGAAAGAGAAAGACAAUUACUUGCCAUCUGGUUCAUCGUUCUUCUCCAAAGCCCACACGGACAAUCUGUGUCCGAAUGUCCUGCCUGCAGAAUGUCUGCUGGAGACGGCCGAAAUGUUGUAUGUGAUUCUACCUUACACUCAGUAUUCGCUUCAUGAUAUUGUGUCCUUUAGCCCGGCCAAGCUCUCUAACAGCCAUGCUAAAGUGUUGUUCAUCAUCUACCAGGUACUAUUAGCCCUGCAGGCGUGUCAUGCUGCAGGCUUGUCUUGUGGAGAGUUGUCUCUUCAGGACAUAGCAGUAGAUGAGCAACUCUGCAGCCGCCUCAAACUCAACCUGGCUCAUUACGAGGACCUGGGAUCAAAAGAGGAGACGGACAAGGUUGUUAGUGUCAAACAAGAGCCAAAAUGUGUUCUGCCAAGACAAAUGAAAUGUGUGAGCCAAGAGAACAAAAGGCUUUGCAAGGACUGCUUUGAUGAGCUGAAGACACUGGUUCUGGACUGGGUCCACGGGCGCGUUAGCAACUUUCAUUACCUGAUGGAGCUGAACAAGUUAGCUGGACGACGAGAAGGAGACCCCAAUUAUCACCCAGUGCUCCCCUGGGUUGUGGAUUUCACUGUGCCAUUUGGAAAAUUCAGAGACCUCAGGAGGUCAAAGUUCAGGCUAAACAAGGGGGACAAACAGCUGGAUUUUACUUAUGAGAUGACCAAAGAGGCUUUGGCUGCAGCGCUGGGGGACGGAAUGAGUGGGGGUGGGGUGGGCGCAGACCUUGGUGGCUGUGGAGCUAGUGGAGGCGCUGGGCAGUCUGAGCACCUUCACGUUCCUCACCACAUAUCUGAUGUGCUCUCAGACAUUACUUACUAUGUGUACAAAGCCCGGCAGACUCCCAAGUCAGUGUUGUGCAGCCAUGUUCGAUCACAGUGGGAGCCCAAUGAGUACCCGGCCAGCAUGGAGCGCAUGCAGAGCUGGACCCCUGACGAGUGCAUUCCAGAGUUCUACACAGACCCUUCCAUUUUCCACUCAAUCCACCCAGACAUGCCAGAUCUGGAUGUGCCUUCGUGGUGCAAGUCCUGUGACGAGUUUAUUGAGAUCCAUCGACGCCUUCUGGAGAGUAGAGAGGUUUCCCAGCAUUUGCAUCACUGGAUUGACCUCACAUUUGGCUACAAGCUGUCCGGUAAAGAAGCUGUUAAGGCCAAGAAUGUGUGCCUGCACUUAGUGGACAACCACACCAACCUGACUACCUAUGGUGUAGUUCAGCUGUUUGACCAGCCCCAUCCACCUCGCUUAUCUCCUUCCCAGUAUGCCCCUGCAGAGCCUCCUUUUCUGGGCCUUGCUGCUCUAAAUGUGCCUUAUCUACACAUCCCUCCGUCGAAUACGGUUCCUGACGCUGUGGAUGGAUUGGUACCAGAGUCCACAGGCUGCGAGUCCAGUGGCUGGACUGUGGUAGACCGGGAUGAAGACCUCGAACAAGGCACAGAGGCACUAGACUCAUUGGCAUCCACUGGCUCAUCCUCUUCUGUGUCUUGCUCUGUUCCACUGCCAGCUGUCAGUGCAGGGGGGGGAAAGGUGGGUGGCGAGCAUCCGGCAAUUGCUGUGUCUCAGUCUCCGAGUUCAUUUCCUGGCGACUUCGCGGGUGGCAUAGGUCCCGGUUUACGAAGUGCAAUGUUGCAGAGAGGCGGGCCAACGAACAAAAAGCACAGCGAAAAUCACACCGGCACCAGUGCUGAAGAAAUUAAAAUCAGUCUGCCUGAAGGCUUCAACGCAUUGCAACCUUUAGAAGAGUUAGAAAAGUUGAACAAUUUCCUGGCCAAAAGUCUUCAUGCUGAAGUGAGGCAUCCUGCAGCAUGCAGUGGCUCAGUGAAGGAGGCCCUGAUAACUGGAACUCGAACGUCUCUUACGCAACUCUACCAAAGAGACAUGCAAGCCCUCGGUGUUGUCAUUGCUGAGAUAUUCUACUCUGCGAAACUAAGAGGACUGAAACCAGACAUGCCCCUCAGGCAGCGUUUCCAAGCUAUCCUGAAGCUGUGCUCUGCCAACCUCCGAGAUGUGCCCCUCUCCUUGCAUCAUGCCCUUGAGACAUUGUUGCUAAUAGAGAAGCACUCUGGGGUCACUCACUGGGAAAUACCAGAUUGCGCACAUCCUCUCCUUUUCAAAUAUGACCCAAUAUGUCGUGGCCUCCCUCCACCAAGCCCUCAACAGCUAUUAAAUUCUAUCAUCACUCCCUUUCCUUUCCCUCCCUAUUUUGCUGCACUUCAUCAUUUUAUCUUUUCGUACCAUGCUAAGAUGGGUACUAUUUGUAGCCUCCAGGGUAGAGACGUUGUCUUUCAGCUGUGGCAGCAGCUUGAAGCGCUGGUGCGGAGUAACAUCACUGCAGAGGGGCUUGAGAUCCUGUUGCCCUUCAUUUUAGCUCUCAUGCUGGAGGAAUCCACCGCUGUGUAUGCGGCUUGGUACCUUUUUGAGCCCAUCUCCAGUGUCCUUGGUCCCAGAAAUGCAAGCAAGUACUUACUAAAGCCUCUGAUUGGUCUUUACGAAAACCCCCACUGCCUCAGAGGGCGGUUCUAUCUGUACACCGACUGUUUCAUUCUGCAGCUGAUCGUAAGGCUGGGCCUGCAGGCUUUUCUGUCCAGCCUCCUCCCCCAUGUGCUGCAGGUCAUCACCGGCUUUGAAAGUUGCAUGUCGGGAACUGGUGGGGAAUCUUGCAAAGGCUUGAGGCCUGGCAUGUGUAAUCUAGAAGAGGAAGACGACUUUCAGUGUGGAGAGGUCCGGCCCUCGUCUGGGUCUGUUGGGGCCAAAAUGGGGGGCAGCGGGGGAGCCAAUGUAGGAGUUGGGGUGAUGGGAGACGCGGGGUUGGUGGACUACUCCUCUGGCAUUAGUCUCAGCGACCAAGUGUUUCUGUCGGAGGCAGAAGACUUUCAGAAUGGAUUUUACGUGAACAGUGGGCCGGGGGUGGCUGCCGGGAAGCAGUCCAACCAGAACAACGCAGCCAAGGAUCAAGACCAGGAGUCCAUAAGUGUGGGCAAAUUAAGCGACAAAAGCAGCACAAGUGAACUCUCCCUGGGUGACGACUCGAUGCGGGAUCGAGCCAGUCUGAAGUCAGGGGACAGCAGCCAGGACCUGAAACAGGCCAGCGAGGGAGAGGAGGGAGGAGAGUUGGAGGACGAAGAGGUGGCCAACGAGAACAAAGAGGAGACGGAUUGCUCGGCCGUCCACAACCUUGAGCUCUCCGUCUCAGGACGCACAGAAUCAUCAGGAGCCACCGUCGGAACUCUGGAGGGUGAGUUUGUGAAUGGAGUGACACUGGAAGACUCCGAGAAAGGAAUUGUAGGAGGACAGGAGGACGAGGACGACCGUGACCCCUCAGAAGAUUCUGAGGAGAAGGAGCAAAAGAUUCUUUUAGAUACGGUCUGCAAAACAGUGCGCUGGCUGUCCGCAAAACUCGGACCAACCGUGACGUCGCGAUACGUCGCCAGAAAUUUGCUGCGGCUGCUCACUAACUGUUACAUUGGACUUGAGAACCACCAGUUUGUGGCACCUCCAACUGAGGAGAGCCGUCUGGAGAGUGUGGGAAUUGGCAGUGUCUAUGAGAAGAAGCCUGUGGUUGGCGAUCACACUGCGGGACCCGUUUUGGACUGUCUCAUCUACAUUGCUCAACUUUACGGAGAGCCUGUGCUCACCUACCAGUACCUGCCUUAUAUAGGAUACCUGGUGUCUCCACCAUCUUCGGAGCGUCUGAACACACGUAAGGAAGCAAGUCUCCUCGGCGCUGUGGCGCUCACACAGAAGAUCAUUGUCUUUCUGUCGGACACCACGCUGAUGGACAUGCUUAUGAAGAUCAAUCAGGAUGUUCUUUUGCCACUUUUAGAUCUCCUGACUACACCUCGAAUGGGGUUCCCUAGUGGAGUGCAAACCCGCACCGCUGUCUGUCUGAAGACCCUCAGCCUAAUGGCGCUCAUCUGUCUGCGCAUCGGGAGGGAGAUGGUGCAACAGCACAUGUCUGAAACGCUGCGUCAGUUCUUUGCCGUUUUCUCUCUGCUGCAUACUCUGAAACCCCAGCUGGAAAAUGCUCCCCGCAGAGUUGUUGGGGAAGUAACGGUAGUGGAUGUCUGCACACCCGGAGAGUCAAAUGUUACAUAUGAGUUAGGAACUUUGGAGGAGUUACAGACUGUGUUUAACCCUGAGAUGGCCCAUGCUUCCUACAUCCCUUUCUACUGCCUGAUAGGCGACGCGGCUAUUCGGAAACUGGUUCCCAACCAUGAACUGGUCUGGCAGUUAGCCCAGUCCUACCAUCAGAGUGUGAGUCAGGGGAGCACGGACGUGGACGCCGCAUCAGCCGGCAGGUUGGAGCCCCCCCCAUCGUCUGCUUUUGGCAGACACAUGUUGUGUAGCCCGUUCCCUGCUCCUGCGAACAGCUCCACCCCGCAUCCGGACUCCCUCCCCGAGUCGGGCACAUUCGGAAGCCACCUGGUCGGAAACCGCAUUCAGGUUUCCCGUGACGCCGACUACGGUGGCAGCGCUAACCACGGCUUGGGCAGCUCCUGGGGACACUCCAGCAACCCCACCCCCAUCAUCACAGCAGCCUCCACCUUCACCACCCCACCCACGGGUGCCACGUCUUUCUCCUGGCUGACGGGUCCCUCUCCGGAGGACAGCGCCCUGAAGCAAGAACUCCCUCGUAGCAGCCGCUCUUUACAGGGCAACUGGCUGGCUUACUGGCAGUAUGAGAUUGGUCUUAAUCAGCAAGACUCACAUUUCCACUUUCACCAGAUCAGACUGCAGAGCUUUCUGGGACAUUCAGGCACCACAAAAUGUUUGGCACCGCUGGUAGGGGAGGAUUACUUCCUCUCUGGCAGCAAAGACAAGACCGUGAAGCUCUGGCCCCUGUAUAACCACGGUGACGGGACGCGGGAGGUGGAGCCCAGGCUGACCUACAGCGAACAUCGGAAGUCGGUCUUCUACGUAGGGCAGCUUGAGACCUCGCACGAGGUGGUCAGCUGCGAUGGCACCGUGCACCUGUGGGACCAGUACACAGGCAAGCAUAUCCGCCUGUACGACGCCGUGGAUGGAAAGAAUCCCAUUACAGCCGUCACCACCAUGCCGGCUCCACACUGCAGCGUGGUGUUUGGCAGCGCAGACUCUGUCCUCCGCUUCGUGGAUCCUCGUAAGCCCGGACUGCAGCAUGAAUUUCGCCUGGCGUACAACAAUGUGAGCACGGGGCUCAUCCGCUACUUGGCCGUGAGCCCUUCGGGACGCACAGUGGCCGCAGGUUUCUCAUCUGGAUUCAUUGUUCUGUUAGAUGCUCGGACAGGGCUUGUUCUAAAGGGCUGGCCAGCUCACGAAGGAGACAUCCUCCAAAUGAAGGCUGCAGAAGGAAACUUGGUGAUCAGCUCUUCCACUGACUACACGCUGACUGUGUGGAAAGAUCUGGAACACAAGCCUCUCAGGCAGUACAAGUCACAGUCCGAUCACAUCCACGCUUUUGACCUUUAUGGUUCCCAGAUCGUUAGCGGAACAGUGGCUAACAAGAUCGGGGUUUACUCCAUGGCCGAUAUCUCCCUGAGCCCCAUUAGCAGCACAAAGCUGAGCUCGGAGAACUUCCGCGGCACUCUGACCAGCCUGGCAGUCCUUCCCACUAAGAGGCUUCUGCUGCUGGGCUCAGAAAACGGCGCGAUUAGGCUAUUAGCCAAGCAAAGAUUUUUUUCGAAUUCAAAUAUAAGACACAUUUCCAGGGGAUCUGGGCUCCUUUAUAAGAGAUUACGAUUGUGUGACAAAAGCGUUAAAACCAGCGGACAAAACAGCAAAAAAUACAAAGUAUACGGACAUGGAUUUCUGCCUGACACUCCUGUUGAUCUGUCUCUGCAGCCAAGGAGCUAUUUAUGCAGAUGAGGCAGAAGAGCAGUCAGUCCCUCUGGUGCCUCUCAUGCCCAGUCUUCAAAGAAAAAAUGGUACAGAAGAAGCUGUAACUCUCACAGAAACAGCCAACCAACCAACAUCUACUGAAACAUCAGAUGAAGAAGAAAUAGGUGGCUGCCAGUCGAACAGUGGAAGCCUGGAGCCCCUACAGGCCAUCACGGCGGCCAUUCAGAAACUGGGCGUACAUUUACUGCAAAACCUGGAGGCGACGCCAGAGCAGCCAAAUCUUAUUAUAUCUCCUUUAAGCAUAUCCCUGGCCCUCUCCCAGUUGGCUUUAGGUGCAGAAAAUGAGACAGAAGAGCUGCUGAUGCAGCAUCUCCAUGAAAACACUGUCCCCUGCUACCACCCAUCUCUGCGCAACAUCUUAGAGAAGCUCAAGAACAACGAUCUGCAAAUCGCCACACGCAUUUUCCUGCAUCAAGGGUUUGAGGCAAAGCAAGAGUUUCUAAGUGAAUCCCAGCGGUUGUAUAACUCAGAACCUGCGAUCUUGGAGAGUCUUCAGCAGAUAAAUGACUGGGUAGAGAAUGCAACCCAAGGAAAGAUGACAGACUUCUUGGCUACUUUACCCCCCAAUCUGCGGCUCAUGCUCAUUAAUGCUGUCCAUUUUAAAGGAGAAUGGAAAGCUCGAUUUGACCCACGCUUUACUUCCAGGGGUGUGUUCUAUCUUGAUGACAUGCACAUGGUGGAUGUUGAAGUGAUGGAAGAUGCCAAACAUCCCCUGAGUUCAUUUAUUGACAGUGAACUGGAGGCCCAGGUUGCAAGGUUUCCAUUCAUGAAGCAGAUGAGUUUGUUGGUAGUGAUGCCCCUGUCUGGCCAAGUAAAUGUGUCUUCACUUUCUUCAAAACUGAAUAUCUCUGACUUGUAUGAACGUCUACCUAAAGAGAGAGCGGUCCAAGUCAAAGUCCCCAAAUUCAAACUGGAAUAUUCUCAAGAGUUGCAGGAUGUACUUAUUAAACUAGGUCUUGGAGAGAUGUUCUUAAAUCCUAACUUGGCUGGGAUUGCUGAUGGGCCUUUGCAGGUGUCCAGUGUGAUGCACAAGUCCAGUAUGGAGAUAAACGAGGAAGGUGCAGAGGCUGCUGCCGCCACCACUGUUGUGAUCUCAAGAGCAUCUAAUCCUAUUUUUCAUCUAAGUCAGCCUUUUUUCUUUGUACUCAUGGACGAUAUCACCCAAGUACCGAUCUUCAUGGGUGUCAUUAACAACCCCAGCCCCGGGGCCCCUAUCCUGCAGAGAGGAGAAUUUUCAAGCAAAGACAAAAUGGGAUUUCCAAAUGACAAGAAUUACAUGGGCUCAUUUGGAGGUCCUAAGUAAGGACUAAAACUUGCUCAUUUCCAGAUCCAGAUUUUUUUGGGGGUGACAAAAGUAACUACAUUUGGCUUUUUUCAUUAAAUAUAACAUUGACAUUCGUUUAAAAUUGAAUUUUUGUUUAAAUGGGUUUGUUCCAAUAGAUGACAGAGGAUGAAAAAAUUAUAGACAACUAUGGCAAAAUUUGUUUAUGCUUACAUUUGCAAUGCAUGCAUUCUUCACGGCAACAAUACAAACCAAAAUAAAUGUGUAGUAUUGAUAAAAUGUCUGUAUGUUCUUGAAUUAUGUAAUAAAUUUGAUUGAUCCAAGCUAUAUUAUUGUUAUGAGUUUUGAUAAAUGAUCUUGAUUGAA